CCAAAUCUGAAGGCUAACUACUGUCCAAAUUAAAGCUGUACACAGUUCAGUUUUGUGACAUUUUCUCAAAUUCCUUAGUUUAGAAAAUCAUUCAGAGGUGUGGGAAUAGCAAAAAGAUGGGCGCCUUAGAUCAUCUCUCGAACAUGUUUGAUUGCUCGAGCGGCCAUUCUAAGCUCAAAAAGCGCAAGCAGCUCCAGCUCGGCUCGUUAAGACUCGAACUCGUUUAUUGGCUCGGCUUGGCUCAGACGGUGGAGAUUAAGAUCAAGAUCGAUUGCGAAGGAUGUGAGAGGAAAGUGCGAAGAUCGGUGGAGGGAAUGAAAGGAGUGACCUCCAUCGAGGUCACUCCAAAGCAUAACAAGUUAACCGUGAUCGGUUAUGUGGAUCCCGAUAAGGUCGUGGCUCGAGUGGCCCACCGAACGGGAAAAAAAGCCGAGCUUUGGCCUUACGUACCGUACGAUGUGGUGGCCCACCCUUACGCCCCAGGAGUUUAUGACAAAAAAGCUCCUGCUGGUUAUGUCAGAAAUGCAGAGGACCCGCGAGUUUCACAGCUGGCUCAAGCGAGCUCGACUGAGGUUAGGUACACGACGGCCUUUAGUGACGAGAAUCCCGCGGCAUGUGUCGUAAUGUGAUUGGGUUUUAGCUUUUUUUUCUUUUUUUUUGAGAGUGGUUGUUUUUCUGUUUUUCUUUGCAUGUGUUUGUUUUGUUUGUUUGCAAGUGUUGAUGAGGUUGUAUGGGAAGUUUGAAGUGGUUUUGUGUGGCUUUUGAUAUGGCUGUGUAAUGAAGAAUAUUUUGUUGAUGUCAAUGGGUAUAUUGGUGUAUGUUAUGUUUUUUAGGGUUUAAUGUUUUUGGUCUUGCAUAUCAUCACUUGGGAGCAAUAAUGGAGUUUUUGUUUA